AUGGGCGUGUCGCUCAUCCGGGAGCUGCGCUGCCUGGGCAACAACGAGAUCGUGCAGGUGUACCACUGCUUCCCCGAGGAAAUGUCGGACGAGAACAGGGCGCUGCUCACGCGCAACGACUCGCGCGUCGAGAUCGUGGACGUGUGCACGGAGAUUCUGGCCAAGAAGGGCAAGGACAACUUGUUCCUGGGCGAGGUCAAGACGGCCAAGGCCUUCCAGAACUACUGGAUCAAGCCGCUGGCGUUGUACUAUACCAAGCUCAAGGAGGUGAUUCUGCUGGAUGGAGACGCCGUUAUUAUGCGAGACCCAGCGGUGCUGCGGACCAUGUCCGGGUACGUCCGCACGGGCACGACCUUCUUCCGAGACCGCAUUGCCAAGAUGAACAGGUUCCUGAACAAGAAGACGCAGGAGGGGAAGCCCUAUAUCAAGUUCCUGGUCGACUCGUUCCCGUACCGGAAGCUGGCGCUGACUGGACCGAAGCCCUCGGAGCAGCUGAAGAAUACGUAUUCGUGGAGGGGGGACACCGGGCACGAGAUGGACUCGUCCAUGGUGCUCGUGGACAAGACGAGGGCGGGCAAGGCGAUGGAAGUCUUGAAGGAGCUGAUCUUCAGCACGCGCUUCAAGCUGCAGUUCUCCUGGGGCGACAAGGAAUCCUUCUGGCUGGCGUAUGAACUGGCGCACCAGGACUACUUCUUCUCGCCCUGGGGGCUCAGCUUGCUGGAGUCCGUGCCGAACAACGAUCUAGCCCACCCGAACACAAUGUGCGGAAGUAUGGCGCACUUCUUGCCGACUGAGAACGAGACAGCAGUGGCGGAGCUGCUGUACGUGAAUGGCAAGGCGCUAUUGGAGCCCUUCCCGUCUGGAGUGGAGAAGACCGUCAAGGGCAAGCGUUCGCGCAUGUUUAAUUUGAACCCGACGCACCUCACGCCCAGGUACCGACAUGACAGCUUUGACCUUGCCACCUCCAAGUCGUUCGAGUGUAUGGACAAUUUGGGAUCCGUUCCGCUGCCGCACUACUUCUUCAAUCGUCUGCUACGCCGGCGGUUCCACUACUUCGCCGCGGAGACGAACGCGUACGAGGCAUUGGAAGACUGUCCGGAGCGGGUAGAAUAG